AUGACCGGAAUCCGGCGACCGGUCACCCCCUUCAAAAAGCCGAAGCCUCACCUCGCGCCAAUAAAAGCCGCCGCAGUGCCCCCUUCCCCGGUUUUCAACCUAGCCCUCCAUCGAAUUAGGGCAUCGCCGUCUCUUCCGGGGCACCAUAAGCGCACCAGGCGGAUUGAAGGUUCCGCCGCGGGGGAGGUCUUCACUGAUUCGUCGUCAUUCGAGCUUCGAUUGGUUCUUGGGGCUUCUCUACGUUGCCAGGGAGCUGUUCAUGGAUUACCUGCAUGGAAUGGUGCUCUGUCGCUCUUUGGAUUGAUCACCGGCGCUGGAGCACCGCCGCGUCGCCGCUUCAUGCCGUGGGCCAACCUCACCGCAGCGCCUCAGCCGCGCUCCCAUCUCCCCACGCACAUCAUCUCCUCCAACCGUUUCUUCCACCCACGAUGCCAGUAUCUCGACAACUGUAGCCUGCACGUCCCAUAUUCAAGCUUGGCGUCCACUUGUCUAGCCCUGCUCCUUCCCUAUGCCGACGCUGCUCACUGCCUCUCCCUCAUCUCCCCACGCCAGCAACAAGGAGGCAAGGACGUCGUACCUUUCCUGGUGGCCGCCAUCCCUCUCCUCUCCUGUUUCUGGUGGUCGAUGCCCCUUGUUCCAGCAGCAAGCAGCUCCCUUCCCUUGCCGUGGAUGUCAACUACCUCCCCCUGCUUCCUACUCCUCCUCCCAUGGAUAAGCUCGCCCUUUUGCUGCCCGCCCUCAAUCCCUAGCCGCUUCCGCUUCCUCCUGCACGUGGUCAGCGCAGCGUGCGUGGCUUGCCUGCAGCAGCGUGGUCAGCGCAAGCUCGGCGUGGCUGACGCAGCGUGGUUGGUCCGGCCAUGGCGCGGCCAGGCCAAUGCCUCGGCAUGGUCGUGCGUGUGUCCCCGGCACGGCAUCGCGCUCGCGUCCGGCACAGCCUGCGCAGCCCCGACUCGACCUUUGUGCGAUCCCAGCGCAGCAGCAGCAUCGCCGUCCACGUGCCUCGCCGCGAGCUCGUCUACCCAUCCGUCGUCGCUGCGAGAUUGCGAUCUGUUUCCGAGCUUCAAGGGAUCAAAGAUCGAGCGUUGGCGACCAAGAGAUCAAGCUUUUUGAGGUCUACAACAUUGAACACCCUGAGCAUCUGUUUGGUGAAGGUUGCCUUUGGUGCAAUCUAUGCUCAGGUAAAGAAGAAGGCGUCGAGGCGGAUCUCCAGGAGUUCUAGGGCUUCGAUGAGUUCGAGGAUUAGGCUAGCGACCUCCCCCAGUCAGCUGCCUGUGGUGGGUUUAUUUACGUUGGCUACAUUUCUAUUCUGUGUACUUUGAUUUUACUAUGUAAAUGACUCUAGUCUUUCAUAUUAUUACUUAUCCUUUAUUGUUAUUCGAAGCAUUGUGCCAUGAUGAGUCAUUUAUGUAAUCGCUAUGUACGUGAGUU